AUGGCGCACACUAAAGGAAUGAAUUCAUUCAUACUACACCCUGACGUGGUUGAGGAUAUCCGAGACGACCCAUUAAUUUCCGUGGAAACCUUUGAGAUCCUGGACGGUUGCGAGGAUCCAGAGAGAAGUUACGACGUCCCCACCGGACAAACCUUCUCCAACGGCGUCUGUCUCUACUAUACCCCAGAAGAAGUCAAGCCGCCGCCACCACCACCAAAGGGUCCCAAAGGCCGUGGCCGCAAGCGGCAGGCGGAGGAAGAAAUACAGCCAUCAGAGGGCCAAAAGGGCCACCAGGGCCUCGGCGUCCUCGACAUCCUCCCCGUCUCGCCGCAGGUCAUCUUCACGCACGGCGGCGGCCGCGGCAUCUUCCAGAAGGGCUACAUGCACUUCAUGAGGGGGCUCGCGCGCGAGCACGCGGUCCUCGCCUUCCGCAAGGACCAGGGCCCCGGCGGCACGCGCGCGGAGGAGCUGUUCAAGCGGACGGCUGCGUUCAACUACUUCUUCAACGACGCCUACUGCAGCGUCCGGGCGCUGGGCGGGCGGAGCUUCGGGGCGCGGAGCGCGACCAGGGCGAGCGUGUACUCUACGAACAAUAACCUGAUACUGUGGAGCUACCCGCUGAUUAGGGACUCGGACUGGAGGAAGGACGAGCUGAUUGCGCUAUCUGAGGACACGAGGGUGUUGUUCAUCAAGGGGGAGAAAGACUGGAUGGGUCCAGGGCUCCUCAUGGACUUCGUACGGAAACAGAUGAAGGCCAAGACGUGGGUCAUCAAUGUCAAGGACAUGGAGCACAACUUCACUUGCAAGACAGAGUUAGAGGAGGAGAAAAUAUGCAACGCUCUGGGAAUUAUUGCUGGGAUAUGGCUGAAGGGGGACGACAUGUCGGAUCCGGCCAACCCGACUCCCUGGGAUCCCGCUGACGGGACAGAGAUGAAUAUCCACUACGACGCAACGACCCAGCAGGCUGUCUGGACCGGUUGGACCACGCCUGCUGAGGAGCCAAGGAAUCAGGGAGUCACGGUUCAUCUGAGUGCGGCGGACAACAGCAAGCUGAGUUUUCAGCUGCAAGGUUGA